AUGUCAGGCACGCCACUUAUCCAAUAUACCUGGAUCUAUCAGUGUCGUAGGUGUGAGAAGUCUCUCACCAAGCACCACUCGUCAAACGACCGUCUCCUAGCAAUUGACCCAAACGUCCCGAGAGGGCCAUGCAGCUGCAUUUCGCUUGAUGAGAAACAGCGAACUUGCAGUAAGGAAAAGCUCCUCGAUGAGCCUGACGAUAGCCCUAACUGGGUCUAUCUCUGCGACUGUGUCAGAGAAUGGACGGAGCAGCGUAGUCCUGGGCAAUCUCAGAUAUCCGGAGAGGUAUGCACCACCUGCUAUCCGCAAGGAAUGUGGGAGCUGAAGCGAUUUUUCAAUAGUAUAAACCCAGGCAUGGCCAGGGUAUCAAAUUUUCAGCAAGAUUUGUCACAGCCUGAAGUAGCAGCCAGUAAAAUCCCAUCCGAAUGGGUACUGGACAAUCAACUAGCCCAGCGGCAAGACUGCAAACCUUCUGGCAAGUCUAGUAUCUUCCGAUGCUUGAGCAACUUGAAGCAAAGAAUCACUCAUUCUGAUAAGCAAGAAGGCGAUGAUUCAAAUACCUCAAGCUCCAGAGUUCUCCGCCGCCCCUCUUUAGCACACAGCUUGAUGGACAUCGAAAUCCCAUCUCAUCAAAUAAAGGUGUUGAUUUCCCACCUCGACCCAGAUGACGAGGAUGAAGACUUGGAGGAAGCAAGAGGCUUUGCCGCGGAAGGCGAGGAUGACAGUUCCUCUGAUGAUGAUGAUGAUGAUGAUGAGGUUCUUGCAUCACUUCUCACAGAAGUCAUCGAACGUGACGAUGAAAGUUCAUUAUUUCAUUCUGAAGGUGUCACUCUUGUUCUCGAGAAUGUUCCCACAGAUAGCAAUGAGGAAAAUGACAGCAGCCUGCAUAUCCUCAGCCAAGCCAGAACAAAUUGCCGACGAGUCAACAUCUGGUCACCUGAAGAGGGCGACAUACGGCUUGACGUGAAUCCAAGAGCUGUCAACUCUUCUAAUCUGAGACUGGUGGAUACUCCCUCCGCAGACUCGGGAAUGCAAGCUUCUCCUUCCUCUACAGAGUCUCGUCGGCCAGACAAUGCUGCACGCAUUCAAGAAGUCCGAAACUUCUUCUCAAUUCCGGAGUCUGUACCUACGAGUUCAAUCCCAUACUUCAUCAGAGGUCAUUCGCGAGUAGGAAUGAGCUUGGAAUAUGGUAUCGUCCUAACUUGUGGGGGGCUCACGUUCCGACACCGCCAUCCUCACAUCUGGCUGCGGAGCACUCAACCAGGACGACUCGCCGAGUUCAACGAAGUUUUGAACUCGGACGAUAUCGUAUGGGAAGACGAUAUAAGAAGAGAGGUGAGUGACUCUGACAUCGUAAGAUAUGAUGCGCGAAUUGCGAAUACAGCUUCAGGAUCGGUGACUUUAGAUUCGAGAUUCGAUUUCACCCGCCUUGACGGUGAUGAUGAGACAGAGUUCUGGUCUGCUGUUGGUGUUUCGGAAGGUGAACGCUCGAGAUUGGUUGCAGAAGAACAAGAGCCACGACUACACACUGAUCCAGACUCUGCAUGCGCAGCCUGGGAGGCAAGUGAUCUCAUCUUAGAAAUCAACGUGCAGCCUCAUGAGCUUCACGAGCGUGUGCCGAUUUUUGAGGAUGAGAGGGACGAUAUUGAGGAGGACCUUUCCUUCUGA